AUAAUUCACCUGCCCGCUUGAGGGCGCUGUGAUGUCGCUGUGUUUACCUGAAAUACUGUGUCACCGGAACGUAUCAAGAUCUAAGUUUAGGUCAAAAAUCUAGGCGCUUCAACAAGAUUCGACGUAUUUAAAUUAACAAUGUUCUUACGUUAAAUAUGGAUGUGAACAAGAUAAAGUUUUUUUAAAUUAUAACUUUAAAAAGUUGACUAUGAUGUGCAACUUUGAUUGCCAUCAAUUAGCUGCUUUUCACAUUUGAUGCUCUAACUUCCACCAUGGCCAUAUUAAACAUGUUGGCUGUGUUGUGUGUUUGGGCUGUAUCAACAUAUUGUGUGGCAGGGGCUGCCAAAAAGUAUUUAGUUGAUCUCUCAGGACCUGGCUGUGAUAACCUUGAUGGUUAUUAUUUACAAGAUAUGGAUGAUAUGGCCACUGUAUAUGCUUUGCCACAGUACAAUGCAAUGGCUACCCGUGACCAUUGUGAUGUCACCAUUAGAGCAGAUAGUAAUCGCAGGAUCCAAUAUCUAAUUGAUAUAAUCAAGUUUAAUGAAUGUGGGAUUGAGAUUUACAUUUAUGACAAUCCAACUAUUGAUGCUAAUCCUCUGCAUUUAAUAAGGUGUGCAGACAACAGCAGAGCUCCCAUUUAUGGCAAAUCAAGGUUUAAUGUGCUACGGAUCAGAGUUAGAAAAACUACUCCUCAGUCAAGAGUGUUUGAGUUCAGCAUGAAGUUAAAGAAUGAUCUGGGCCCCACCCUGGAGUUUGAGAACACAGCCGCUCAAUAUGCUGGUGAAACACUUGAGCCAGGAGUUAUUGCUGGGAUUGGUGUAGCUGGAGCUAUUUUGGUUAUCGCCCUCAUUCUGAUAGCCAUAUGGCUCUGCAUUCGUGGUAGAAAUGCAAAUCAGGAUAAAGAUGGUGCCAGCAGCACAAAAGGGGAGUCAAGCGUGUACACAUCUGGAACCUCACAAGCCAUCAUCCCCAACCAUUCAAGUAGACAUCAAAAGGGAGGAAAGUAUGGCUCAAUGGAGGACAUCAGAAGUACAAGCUCCUCGCAGGACCAGGCGAAUGGAGCCUACAAAAACAAUGCCUACACCGAGGGACCCGACGAGAAGAGGUCUCAGCGACCGGCAUCGGUCAGGCGACAGGGCGGCAAGGCCGGAUUCGCAAACAAGGCGUACGAGGAGGAUGUAACUUAUGACAGAGAAGAGGGUUUCACUAGAAGAGGCUCUCAGAGACAAUCACGAAAGGAUGCUCAUGAUACUGCUCCAAAAAAGCAGUUGAAAUCAGCCUUAAAGAAACCAACAGAUAUAGAAAUGAGUAAAGUUAACUCUCAGCCUAAUGGAAUUUUAAAAACUCGCACACACUCUCCCAACAGAUCCCAAACAUCAACAGAAGGUUCAUCGAUGGAUGCGAAUGCCAUGAUACAUGGAUACAGUCAAACAGGUAAAGAACACCCAAAUGUCAAACACAAGCCUGUACUUGAGCGUAAAAGAUCACGGUCUGGCACACGCUCUCACAGAUCAGGAUCCUCUGGUGGUCAUGGGUCUGUGCGAGGCAAAAGAUCCCACUCUGAAGACAAAAAGCCACCAAAAGGUGGGAGAAUGUAUGCUGAUGUUUUUAUAGAUGACAGAAGCAGUAGAAGCCGUAGUAGUGGUCGGCGGUCACGAUCCACAGGUGCCCGCAGUCAUCGUAGUGACCGCACUGACCGUACUAGUGACUCGUUAGACAGUGAAUCUUCUACAACUUCAACAAGGAAAGUUAGCAUGAACCCUGGUGGGAAACGUGUUCAUAUUAAAGGAGAAGAAACUGACAUUUAAUUUCUUAAUUCUGGUUGUAGAUAUUGAACUAAAACAAUAUUCUUAUGAGCAGCAGUUAUGCAAGUUGGAACAUAUUUCAAGGAUGUUAGUGUUUACUGACAGAAUAUUCUUGUUGAAAAGUGAAUGUUGAAAUGGGCUUUACAGAGUUAAGGUGUGUCCACUUUAUAAAAUACUGUGUUACAUUCCUCAUGUGUUUAUUUACCUCAACUGUGCAAACGUUUUCAACGAAAAGCCCACUACAAAAGCUGAGGCUGUCUUUUAUCAUAAUCAUAUAUAUAUAGUCUUGCUCAUUAUUUAACUGAUUAGGCUUUGUGUUACAUUCCAGUUAUAUUCCUAAUAUUUUUAUAAGAACGUUGCCUUAGAAAGCAUUAUUUAUUGCUGAUAUUGAAACUUUUAUUACCUUUCACAUAUGUACAGCCUUGACUACUUAGUUGAAUUUUUUAUAAACAUUUAUCUUAGAUUAGAUUGUUUUUGUUUCAAUCAGAUUUUGAGUUAUGUAUAGUUCAAAGUCAAAUCUACCGUAAACAGAUAUUUCUUUCAUUUCAAUGUAGAUGUACAAUGGUUUUGUAUUUUUAUUAAAUAAGCUAUCUAUGUACAAACCUGACAUUCCAUUGUAUACAUGUGUAAAUAGCUUUCCAAAUUAUAAAUACAUUUCUUCUUGUUGAACAGAGUGGAAUAACAUUGUAAAAAAAAAAUGCUUUGUUUUGUUUACUUUUCAAUAAUAUUUUUGAUCGUUUUAAAUGCCAAUUUCAUGCAGAUUUAGAAUUCUAAACUAAAUAUCAAAUUUAAAAAUAUCAGACUGCAUGUGUUAAAAAUAUGAUAAUAAGCAUUUUUUGGGAUAUUAUUUUCUUCAUGUAGGCCUACUGCAAGUUCCAUGCCUGUAAUUUAUGUUGUAUUUAAAAUAUCCAUUAUAUUCAAGUUUGUUUUACAUUCCAUUUUUAAUCCAAGUGGUUUUCUUUGGAUUUGUUACAUUGACAAUGACAAUGCUUGCAUUCCAGUGUCAUAUGAUUUUCAUAAAAACAUUAUAUUCUAAUAUUCAUUGCCAUAAUACAACAUACUGUAAGUGAUUUUGCGUUUAAAAAAAUAAAGUAAUUUGUCAAAUAUGACCAAGCCACUGAAAAGCGUUCUUGAGCCAUGCAACUCCUGAACUAGUUAUUCAUUCACAACUUUCAAUCAAAAACUAAUUUACAAAAUAAUCAUUGUGAUUGUUGUAAACAUACUUUUUUGUUAAAAUAAAAAAUGUUUUUACAUGUAUUUUUUUUCAGUCAAAAGACUAAACUUUUAACAAAUAAAUUUAAGCUUUUAACUAAGCAUUUUUUCCACUUAAUAUUUAUUUUAGCAAUUAAGGGUGCUGUGUUUAGUUUCAAGCUAAAUAUCCUCUUCGCAAUUGUAAACAAAAUGUAUAGUUUGGAAUAUAAUUGUAUACAGCAUUUUUAAUUCAAUAAGUUUAAUUUCAUUCCAACUAAAGCUGGAAAGUUAGGUCCUUAGCUAACAGUUCCAUGUGUUCUUUAAAAAUAAAUUUUUUAAAAGGACAACUGGGUAGGCAUCAAAUUUUCUUAAAAGUUAAAAUUUUAUAGUAUAGGUAAUUAUAUUGUUAAACAAUGAUGUAAAUUAACUGCACAAGAUUAUAAAAAGUAUAGAACUGAUUUCCUUUUUUGAUGUCUCUCAAAUCUUAAAAUUGUUCUCCAUUUAAAAUUAGUUUUAUAAAAAUUAAAAACAUUCUUAACUCAUGUGGGUUUUUUUUUUGGCAAUAAAAUUUUGGUCAUAAUAUGUGUAUAUUUCCAGUAGUUCUUUUUCUUUAUUUUCAUCUUGGCAUACUUUUAAAAAGUGUAUUCCAUUUGACAUUUAUUAAAUUAGUAUCUUUUAGAUCCUGUUUUACAAUGUAUACCUUUAACAUUCCUGGAUUAGAACUGCACAUUGUUCAACAGGUCAAUUAGAAAAUUAUAAAAAUUAGUUUUAAAAAAACCUGUUUUAAUUAAAAUGUGGAUGUACUUAAAUUGUAUUUAAUAAGGCAUGCAGACUAUUAAAUUAUCUUGAUUUGGAUGUUCUCUUUCAAUAUGAAUCUGCUCAAGUAAUGUCUAAGUUAAGUUAAUUUAUAUUUAGUUUUCUUUAUUGAGUUCAUUGUAUAAGUAUUUUUUAAAAUUUGGCAUGAGAUUUAUAAAACAGAGGGAAAUCUACAGAUCUGAAAUGAUGUAAAUAUAGGAAAUUUUUUAAUUAUAAAAAUGUGUACAUUUCAUUUUUAGGUUGACUCCCAUUGUUAUGCAACUGGCCCUAAUAUAAUAAAAAGCAAUUUAUUUA